GUGAAAAGUGUGUGAAUGUGAAGUGUCUGUGAAAAUGAAGUGCAGUGCUUGUGUCGUUUCGUAUCGUAAAACGUUUCCGAAAUCUCAAGCUCUGGUCCAUCAUUACUUCGAAAUAACUGUAAAAGAUCAGGAGGAGAAGGCAGCAGUUUGACCAUAAAGAAGACGAGGCAAAAGGCAUGCCAAGUUAUGGCGCGUAGAAGGCAGAGCAAAAUGUAAAGUGGAGAUUGCAAAAGGAAGAUGAAAAAUAAUGCGGAAAGAACUGAAAUCUAUUUCGGAAAGUUUCGAAGCCUGCUGCCUGCUGCCUGCCCCCCUGUGGAAACCACACGCUGACAGCCUGAAGAAGAAGAUCCCCGCACUAUCUGUGGCAUGCAGCAUUCAAAGGGAAUCGCAAAUUGAAGGCAGCCACAAAGGCAGAACGGGGGCCACCAUUUUCCGGUAUUUUGAUUUCGUUUUGCCAGCACCUCAACAUAAUUUCCGCCCCAUCGAUUCGGUUUUGGCUCCACCAUUUAUGGAAUGCCCGAUUAAAACACUCGAAAAACAAAUAAAUUAAAAACUCUGCGCACAUCGAACGGAACGUAAUUAAAAUUGUUCGAAAAUGGCAAUGGAAUGGAUAACCGCAAUGGACAAACGUCCUUGCGAUCGAAACUUGCGUGAUGUGGAGCUAAUCUCGUGCCGCUUGCGUCGCGUGGAGCCGCUGUGUCGCCUGCCCGGCUCGGCCCUGCAGCAAUUGGCCAUGUGCGGCUUCUACGAGGACUUGGAGAAGGGCGUUACCCUUUUUCGCGCCGGCGAACAGGGACGCUUCUGGUAUGCGGUGCUGGGCGGCUCACUGGAGGUUCGAUAUCAUGCCCAUGCCGAUGCCGAUGGCAAGAGCUCCGUAACGUUGUGCAAUCUGGGUGUGGGCGCCACAUUUGGGGAGACCAUUCUACACGAUCUGCCACGCGACAGCACUGUGGUGACGAAGACAACCUGCGAGCUGUUGCGCGUUGAGCAGCAGGACUUUCGACUCAUAUGGGAGAAAAACAAAGAGUUAAUGAAUGACAUUUUCACCAAUUGCAAAUUGAAGAACGGUUUUGGUCCUAGCGUACAGCAAACGGCAGCCGCCACAUCGCCCACCAAGCGCCCACUCAGCCCGGACCAUCCCAAUCCAGCGUUGCCCAUAACCGAGACACCGAGUCCGGCUAUGAGCCGCAUGGGCUGGGCUCUACGCACAUUACUCGUCGCCGACAAUUCAAGCUGUCUGAAGGAUCGCAAAGUUUCGGGCAAGCUAAUACGCAAGUGUGCACCCGGCACCGAGCUCGUCGAUUGGCUGGUAAAUCUCGCACCAAUUGUCCAUACGCGCGCCCAAGCGGCGGGCAUGUGGCAGGCUCUCGUCGAGGAAGGUGUACUUACACAUGUCAACAAAGAGCAGCCAUUCAAGGAUAAGUGCUUUCUGUAUCGAUUCCGGCUGGACGAGGAAGGUGGUGCAGCUGCGGUCGGCAUACCCCAGGCAGAGGAUCAACACGCAGCCAACGAGCACAUACGCGAGGCAUUGAGUGCGCUGUUUCAACGCGGACCGGAUGCCACAUUGCGUAUGAUAUUGCGCAAGCCCUCCCACGAACGCACACCGGAGGAACUGGAGCUGGUGUUCGAGGAGCUCGUGCACAUUGCCGCCCUCUCCCACUUGUCCACCAGCAUCAAGCGGGAACUCUCAUCGAUAUUCGUGUUCGAGGCACAUGCCCAAGCGGGCACAAUAUUGUUCAAUCAAGGCGACGAGGGACGCUCCUGGUAUAUCCUGCUGAAAGGUUCGGUGGAUGUUGUGAUACACGGCAAGGGCACGGUGGCCACACUGAAGACGGGCGAUGAUUUUGGUAAACUGGCUUUAAUCAACGACGCACCCAGAGCUGCUACCAUUGUGCUCAAGGAGAACAAUUGCCACUUGCUGCGCGUGGACAAGGAGCACUUUAAUCGUAUAUUGCGCGAUGUGGAGGCCAAUACAUUGAGGUUGCAGGAGCACGGCAAGGAUGUUUUAGUGCUGGAGCGUGUGGCCAAGCAACGUGGACAGCAUUCAGCAUUCAAAUACACGGUCAUGUCGGGCACACCGGCCAAGAUGCUGGAGCACCUGCUAGAGACCCGACUGGGUCAGUCUGUUGGCGGCAUGGAUCCCUUCCUCGAUGACUUUCUGCUCACGCAUAUUGUAUUCAUGCCCGUGGUGCAGCUGGUUGAUGAACUUGCCAAUUACUUUCAUUGCGAUACCCAUGAGGAUGCGCAAACACCCGAGGAUCGUGAGUAUAUUGUCAACUUUAAGAAGCGCGUCAUACAGUUCAUGCAAAAGUGGGUCAUGGCCGUGCGGCAUGCGGCCUUCGAGGAGCCCAGUGUGUGUGAUUUCAUUGAGGAUCUCGCAGCCGAAGUGGAAGCAGAUCCGGAUCUCAAUGAGGAGACGAGCAUCGUGCACAAUGUGCUCACACAAAUGGCACGCUAUCAGGAGGAUCGCAAUCAGAAUGCGGGACAAAAGUGGAAAUUGCCGCCAAAUGGUCAACCAAUUUGUUUGUUCAGCGGCAAUGCAACGCCCUCAAAGACGGUCAUACGACCGGAUGAUGAUAUCAUCUUCCGCGUCUAUUGUGCCGAUCACACCUACUGCACCCUGCGCUUUCCCAUGCACACCACAGCGGAGCUCAUCAAAGCCUGUGCCGCUGACAAGCUGCAGCUGAAUCGUGGCCCUGAGGACCUGUGCCUAGUGGAAGUCAAGUCGAACGGGGAGCGCUCUGUGUUUAAGGAUAACGAUGUCAGCAUACCCACUGGCCUCUCGCUCAACGGUCGACUGUUUGUCUCCGUCAAGGAUCAUUUGGAUGCGUUGACACAACUGCAGGAGCAGGAGUGCCCCACAGAGGGUGUAGACAUCGAUUUGGAGAUACUAAGCACCAAGGAGCUGGCCUAUCACAUCACACUCUUCGAGUGGGAUCUGUUCUAUGCUGUGCAUGAAUAUGAAUUGCUCUAUCACACCUUUGGACGGCAUCACUUUGGCAAGAUCACAGCCAAUUUGGAUGUCUUUCUGCGUCGCUUCAAUGAGGUUCAGUACUGGAUUGUCACCGAGCUCGUGUCCACGCCGAGUCUGAGCAAACGCGUGGGUCUCGUACGCAAGUUUAUCAAGCUGGCUGCCUAUUGCAAGGAAUACCAAAAUCUGAACGCCUUCUUUGCUGUCGUCAUGGGCCUCUCGAAUAUGGCCGUGUCGCGGCUGCAGCAAACCUGGGAGAAGAUUCCUUCGAAGUUUAGGAAGAUCUUCCAAGAGUUUGAGGCGCUCAUCGAUCCCAGUCGCAAUCAUCGCGCGUAUCGCGUGUUUGUGGGCAAGCUACAGCCGCCGCUGAUACCGUUUAUGCCGCUGCUGCUCAAGGACAUGACGUUUGCCCACGAGGGCAACAAGACCAGCCUGGACGGGCUGGUGAACUUUGAGAAGAUGCACAUGAUGGCACAAACGAUGCGCACCAUACGCUUCUGUCGCUCCAGGAGUUUGGGUUUGGAACCGCCUUCACCCAAGAGCGAGGGCGAGGUACGCUCGUACAUCAGCAGCUUUCGAGUGAUUGACAAUCAGCGCGUGCUGACGGCCAUGUCCCAGAAGGUGGAGCCCACCAGGAAGCUCUAAGCAGCAGCUCCUCGUAGCCAGCGAGUACUUAAGUGUCUAACCCCCUAUAAGUAUGUGUGUUAAGUGUUUAAUCAAAGCUGCAAAUUAGCUGCACAGAUACGAGCUUAGCUGCCCAGCAAAAACUUCUAUUUGCAUUCGCAUUCGCAUUCGCAUUAGCCUUAAGCUAAGUAGAGAGUAUUUAUGACCCACUUAAUCAUGGACGUACUCUAACUCCAACUUUCAAAAUGAACUGAAACCUAACACACGAAAAUGCAAAAGAACUUUUUUUGCUUUAGUACAAAAACGAAAAAUUUGACAGGCGCCGCAGGAAACCAAUGCCGAAACGCAGCCCAGAAUGAGGAAGCAACUUACAUACAUACAUAACUACAUGCAUAACUACAUACAUAGUGAAUACAAAAACAAAACAAUGGACGAGUGUGAUACUAAACAUUUAGGAGGAGACGACAUCAAAAGUAAAACAAACAGCACGAAAACUGCAUAAUUUCCUACCAAAACUUUUUCUACGUACAUCUACUGUGUAACUAUAUCUACAUAUGUUUAUCUACAUUUACAUCUGUUGUAACCUACUCCAAAAAGUAUUUUGUAUAGACAUACAAACGAAUGGAUGCAGAGCAAAGUGGCGUGGCAGCAGAAUCUAUUUUUUUAAACCCUAAACUAAAAACUAUUAAACAGUCUAGUGGAAGCUAGUUAUUAACAUUUAAGCUACGUAGUGCAUAAGUCAUUUGAUUUCCAAUUACCGAACUUUCGAUUUCAUUCAGUUUAUUCCUCCAUUCAAAGCGUAAAGUGAAUGAACUGUCACACCACCUUUAUUAAUACAUAUUUAUUUAAAGAACACCAAGCAACACUUCAUUGUUUUAUUUUUGUACAAAAUUGCGUGAUUUGUGAAACAAUUUGCAUGUAGAAAAUGCAUUAAAAAUAAAUAACACUGGAGAGGGACCUUACUAGCUGUAGUAAUUAGUUGUAUAGUCGUAAAAUGAAUCGAUUCACAUUUGUAUAUAGAUUGAAAGUAAAUGAACUUACUCGAAAUGUGAGCAGUUGCCCCAAAGAUAGGCUGGGUAAGUUCUCGUUAGUUAAUCCUAGCAAUGUAGUAGCCGUAAAAUAUAAACUCCAACUCCUCUCCCAAGUAAAGGUCUCUCAAACAACGAUAUAACACUUAACCUACCACAAAAACAAAAACUUAUACAUAUUGUAGCCAUAACUUUGACCAUGAUGCAUAGGAUUAUAUGUCGUGUAGGUGUACUAUAAAAAAUAUUAGUCCUUCUUUUUGCAUAAAUCCAUGGCAUCAGCAGUAUCCAGUGGUUUCUCUCUCCCCAAUAGCAAACAGCCAAUCGAAUUUUCAAUGAAACUUUUAUACAUAAAUAUAGACAGUGGAAAUGUUAAGUUAAUAACUUACAAAUUUGUAUACAUUUCGAAUUGAUUUUACAUGCAACGCAACACCAAUUUUUGUAGUACGUGACAACAAAAAAGAACAGAGUUUAAACGCCUUUUAAUUACUUUAUCUACACAAUGUGUGCCACAACCGGAGGCAUUCAGCAACAAGUUAACCCAGUAAAUCUUCUAGCAUAUAUAAAGACACAUUUGUAGAUGGAAUAACACUAACACUAGUUUCUAUAGCGAUAAGAAACAAAGGUUUUGAAAUGUAUCAAAACUGUUGGCAGCAAUACACAAUCGUUGUUGUUCAAUAAUGCCGAUAUAUAUCUAUAUAUAUAUAUACUCUUAGCAAAACAAGAAAAUUCCAAAUUUUAACUUGUGAUUCGAUUUGACAAUCUCAAAACAAAACAAAACAAAACAACACAAAAAUCCAGUGAACUUUUCUCUACUUUUACUUUUAAAGAAAAAUAACCAAAGCACUUUGCAUAAACCUUAACUUAAAUCGGGUAAAUCUAGCGAUAUAUUCAGGCUAUACUUAUAUACCUCCGUAUGAAAGAGUUCUAACUAAACGUACAGAAAAUACACAACUAAAAUGUUCAAUCGCAGUUUUAUAGGAAAUAGUAAGAUGUCUCCGAAUCAGUGUCGUGUCUACAUGGCUAGCGCAUUACAAUCUCCAAUUUACUUACAUAGAAAAUAUAUAUAUGGAUAAGUCUCUUUGCAGACCACAUAAAUAGUUUAUAAUAAAGAAAGUCUCCUCAUUUCGAUGGAGCUCAAAAGUAAGAAUCAAACACCAAGACAGCAAAUAAACAGCUAAAUCAGUGUCUAGUACAUGGCUAACGCAAAACAAUCUCAAAUUUACUUAACUAACAAAUAGGAACAACUGUACACAAUGUUCAAAUCAGUGUCUACAUGUCUAUAGAAUAAACCACAAGAAGAUCUGGAAGAGAAUGUGGAAGGUCUCACAGUAAGAAUCAAACACCAAAACAAAGCAAAUAAUUACCAUUAUAUGCAAUAGAGGACUAAAUCUCUAGUAGGUAAUAGAAGAAAGAGAGUAAUAAAUAGAAGCUUCCCUUUGUGGAGCUCACAGUAAGAAGCAAACACCAAAAAAAAACAAACAAUUUAUGUUGCAGUCCUCACGGGCAGACAACUAAGU